UGGAGGCAGCUCCUCUGCCCAGCCCCAGGAGAGGGGUUCCUAGCCGGCUGCUUGGCUGAGAAAGCAGCCCCGCCAGCCCCACCUGCCAGGCAAUGGGGAAGCCAGCGCCAGCUGGGGACUGAUUUGCAGCGGGUAACGUGCCCAUCCCCGGGAAGCUGCAAAUGGGAUGGGAGGCUGGUGCCUGCAGUAACCUGGCAGCCUCUUCAUUGCGCCGGUCUCUCUCUCUCUCCGGGUGCGCGCUCAGCCCGGGCGCCGGCGUCUAGCGCUCCCUCCCCGAGCCGCGGCCACCGCAGGCAGGAGACGUCGCCCCUUUGUCUGCAAAGGCGAAGGUGAGGGCGUUUGCACCGAGACACGCCGCCCCAUGCCGGCGGCUCGGGGACUCCAGGCAGCCGGCGGCGGCGCAGGGCGCUAGAUCCGUCGCCUCUGCAAGGACCGGGAGCAGGGAGGGCCGAGCCGGUAACGCGCUAAGAGCGGCGCCAUGGCUGAGAAGGGGAUUGACCCAACCUGCGUCUCCGUCGCUUUGGAGGACUCCGUGUGCAAUGCUGGCUCCCAGGACGCGCCUCUCCUGACCACCCACCUGAAGAAGGUGGAGAAUCACAUCACAGAGGCGCAGCGGUUCUCGCACCUGCCCAAGCGUUCGGCCGUGGACAUCGAGUUCGUUGACCUGUCCUACUCCGUCCGUGAGGGCUCCUGGUGGAGAAAGAGAGGGUACAAGACCCUCCUGAAAUGCCUGUCCGGGAAAUUCUGCCGGCGCGAGCUCAUCGGGAUAAUGGGCCCCUCGGGCGCUGGGAAAUCCACACUCAUGAACAUCCUGGCUGGUUACAGGGAGACGGGGAUGAAGGGCCAGAUCCUGGUGAACGGCCGGCUGCGGGACCUGCGCACCUUCCGCAAGAUGUCCUGUUACAUCAUGCAGGACGACAUGCUGCUGCCGCACCUGACCGUGCUGGAGGCCAUGAUGGUCUCUGCUAACCUGAAGCUGAAUGAGAAGCAGGAGGUGAAGAAGGAGCUGGUUCAGGAGAUCCUGACGGCGCUGGGGCUGCUGGAGUGCUCCUACACCCGCACCAUGUCGCUGUCCGGGGGGCAGCGCAAGCGCCUCGCCAUCGCCCUGGAGCUGGUCAACAACCCCCCCGUCAUGUUCUUCGAUGAGCCAACCAGUGGCCUGGACAGCGCCUCCUGCUUCCAAGUCGUCUCUCUGAUGAGGUCCCUGGCCCAGGGAGGCCGCACUAUCAUCUGCACCAUUCACCAGCCCAGUGCCAAGCUCUUUGAAAUGUUCGACAAGCUGUACAUUCUGAGCCAGGGCCAGUGCAUCUUCAAAGGGGUGGUGCCCAACCUCAUCCCCUACCUGAAAGGGCUGGGCCUGCAUUGCCCCACCUACCACAACCCGGCUGACUUCAUUAUCGAAGUGGCCUCAGGCGAGUAUGGAGACCUCAACCCAUUGCUGUUCCGUGCCGUCCAGAAUGGGCUGUGCACCAUGGCCGAGAAGAAGAGCAGCCCGGAGAAGACGGACUCCUCCUGCCCAGUCCCCUGCGUGACGGAUGUGGAUCAUAUUGAGAGCCACACGUUUGCCACCAGCACCAUGACCCAGUUCUGCAUCCUCUUCAAGAGAACGUUCCUGUCCAUCAUGAGAGACACGGUCCUGACCCACCUGCGGUUCAUGUCCCACAUCUGCAUCGGGGUGCUCAUCGGGCUGCUCUACCUGCACAUCGGCAACGACGCCGGCAAGGUCUUCAACAACACCGGCUUCCUCUUCUUCUCCAUGCUUUUCCUCAUGUUCGCCGCCCUGAUGCCCACUGUCCUCACAUUCCCUCUGGAGAUGUCUGUGUUCCUGAGAGAGCACCUGAACUACUGGUACAGCCUAAAGGCCUAUUACCUGGCCAAGACCAUGGCAGACGUGCCCUUCCAGGUCAUCUGCCCCAUAGCCUACUGCAGCAUCGUGUACUGGAUGACAGGCCAGCCCCCGGAGGCCACCCGCUUCCUCCUCUUCUCCGCCCUCGCCACCUCCACCGCCCUGGUGGCACAGUCUCUGGGGCUUCUGAUCGGAGCAGCUUCCACCUCCUUGCAGGUGGCCACGUUCGUGGGACCGGUCACUGCUAUCCCCGUCCUGCUCUUCUCAGGCUUCUUCGUCAGCUUCAAGACCAUCCCCACGUAUCUGCAGUGGACCUCGUAUGUCUCCUACGUCAGGUAUGGCUUCGAGGGCGUCAUCCUCACCAUCUACGCCAUGGAGCGUGAGGACCUGGAGUGCCGGGAGACUCCCUGUCCCUUCCAGAAUCCCAUCAGGAUCCUCCAGGAGCUGGACGUGGAAGAGGCCAAACUCUACCUGGACUUCAUCAUCCUGGGCAUCUUCUUCCUCGUUCUGCGGCUCCUGGCCUACCUGGUCCUCAGGUACAAGGUGAAGUCUGAGAGAUAAGGGGACCAUCAGGGCCCGAUGCCUUUCCCAGACCUGAUCUGCCACAGCAUGGACAAUCCCAAAGGGACUCUCAGUCUCUGUGGAUGUGGGACCACAGGGGAGGCAUCGGGGAGGUGGCGACCAGUCCUGGCUCAGUCGAGAAGGUUUUUUGGGACAUCUCGGAACUGUUUUAACCUUUCCACACUCUUCAUCGCAAAUGUUUUGUACCGCCCUGGAAUGCCUCAUUCUCUCCCCUGGAGCCGCGUCAUCAGAUGGAUCUUGGAUUCCUUCUUCCACCCUGUGCCCCAAACCACCACCUCAGGACACCGAUGGAGGCAGUUGUCUUCCAAGCCAGAGAAAGAGAGAGCUGCCUGCCAAGGCUUUGCCGUUUGGGGAAAGGGGUUGCGCCGGUCUGAACCCUGUUUACCUCCCGCAAAGCACAGUUUUGUAGCGCAGUGUGUAGUGCAGUUUUUUAACUUGCCUGUGAGUCGAUGUCCAGUAGCAUGUGUAUCCAUAUUCAGAAGAAAUCAGAAGACAACAAUAGGCUACGUGGCAGAAGGCUUUCGUGUUUACCUUAGCCAUAGCAACAGCCAAUGCCAUAGCCCCUGUCUUUUUUUGUAAACUUCCCUUUUUCUUAAGGAAAAAACCAAACCAAAUGACAACUCAGCUGCACUUAGUACAGGAACAAGUGUUGCGGCUCUGGAGGGAUGCAGGUAGAUCAGGCCUCUGCAUUUAGGAUUUGGCAGGAUGUAAUAUUAGUAGAAACAUUUCAAUGAAAUUUUUUUUAAAUGAUUUUUUGGGAAGUGGGAGAGUUCCCAGCCCUGCUGGGUUUGCCACCAGGGCCCUGCCGUGUUGGACUACUGCAUGAGACCCAGGGAAUGAUGACGCAAACUGGGCUAGCCAUGAGUUGAAAGUGACCCGUUUCAUAGAAUCAUAGAAUAUCAGGGAUAGAAGGGACUUCAGGAGGUCAUCUAGUCCAACCCCCUCCUCAAAGCAGGACCAAUCCCCAGACAGUUUUUUACUCCAGUUCCCUAAAUGGCCCCCUUUCCUUGGGAGCUGAGUAAAUGGUGGAAAGGUAAGGGACAGAUUCUCCAUUCUCUUACGCUGGUGUGAAUGGGAAGCAGCUGCCCUGAAGCCAGCGGAGUUAGGUUGGGUUGAGAGAAGAAUCUAGCCCAGUGAUUGACCUCAGUGGAGUUGCUGAUCCAAUGUGAAAUCAGAAUCAGUCCCUAGGGGCUCAAUGCUGCAGAUCACUUGGAUCUGAUUCUCCCAGUUAACCUGCACUUUGCAUUGUCACUUACACCGGCACACAAAUCCUGCCGAAUCAGAGCGGAGGUGUUUUACCCUUGCUUUGCACAAGUGUAAAAGGAUGACACAACGUGCAGGGCAUUAACGAACCAGCCCCAUUGAGAUUAGCAGGAUGUGGCCCUGAGCGGCAUGAAAGGUGAAAAGUAAAGGACCUCUCCUUUGUGUUUAAUAACCCCCAGUCUUGUUACAAUGCAGGGAGGGACAUUUUCAUGUGUGGCUGACAAUGGGACAAUGCCCCUUUUACAGUUUGGCCUUGCAGCUGAAGCCCUGAAUAGCUGUAGACAAUCAAAUUUCAAAACCUCCCUGAGCUCCCUAAUCAGUAGCAGAAAACAGGCACAGAAUUAAAAAUCCCCAGUGCGUUUGUGUUCAGCCUGAAACCGUGUUUACCGUGUGUAGCACGUUGUGUACAGAGCAUUUUGCAGGGAGACAUUUAGCUGGCGUAAAUCGGCAUAGCUCCAGUGACUGCAGUGGAGCGAUGCUGAGUCACGUCAGCUGAGGGUCUCCCCUUGUAUGAGAUAAUUUAUUUCGGUGUACACCUGAAGUGGCAGCUCUAUAAAGCUCUAGGUAUUUAAAACAUGAUCCGUAGCUAUCACUGGCAAAUAACUUGUAGCAGAGGGAAUUUCAGGGGGAGGGGAGAAGAGAAGAUGAUUUCAGCUGAGAUUUGGGAAGAACUGGGAGGCACAGACCUGAGCUAUUUGAAAGCGAUUCCUCCUGUCUUUGACAUGCCAAGGCUUGAGCUCAAUAUUCCACAUUUCCUCUGCAGUAGCUGACAAGCCAGUGUCCACAGCAGAGCGUUUUCCUGUGCUGCUCAAAUCAUUUGCAAUGCCUGCAAUCAAAGCACCUUGCUCUGCUGGGAACAGGUCAGGUCUUGCAUGCUAAUCAGAGUCAGGCCUGGCCAGUAUUUGGAUGGGAGUGGUGUUGGAGGGUCAAUAGGAGCUGUUCUUCCCUUUAGAGGCCAUACAGAGCCCACGGUGCCAUUAGGGGGAGCUUGUAGUCAAAGAGGUGUCCUUCAGAUGAGCCUUGAAGUCCAGGCCCUACAAACUGCAAUCUUGUGGCUUGUUUGUAAAUCAGGGCGUUAGCCUUGGAGUCCUGGCCAAAUUCCAGCUCAAGUUUCCCUUCCCUAAAGUCCUUAGCGGUUGCAAUCAGAGACAGGAUCCUCCUUUGUUUCUUGCCCUGAGCUGCUAUGCAGUGUUGCUGUGCUGUGUCAAAGAGCUGCCGUGUUCCACCCCAGAGAGGACUGCAGGUGUGUCGUUUGUAGGGUGCUUUAGGACCAUCCCGGGGGACGGUGCUCUAGAAAUGGAGGCUCCAGAGCCCUGAACUCAGGUGUUUGUAGGGCAGGGAAGGAGGAGCUCAGUUAAGCUCCACAUCUGCUCUGUUAAUGGUUUGGGGCUUAAACAAGCCACUGCCAGUCCUGCGUUUCAGUUCUCAUGGAGGAGAUGAGGAGGGAGGGGAUUAGUGCUGUGGGGCUGAGCAUUCUGCAUAGAGCCCUGAUCCUGAUAAGGGGCAGAAUGUAGAGGGCAGGGGACCCAGUGUUGGAGGGUGAGAGCCAGUGAGAUUACCCAGUCAAUGUGAUUCCACCAGCCUGGGGGCUAACAAGGACCCCCCGUUCUCCACUCGCUCCUCUUUCCUCCUUCCCCUUCUCUCUAUCCCAUACUCCAUGGGCACAAGCAAGGAGGGUCCUAGGUCCUCGCGUCUGGCCCCUGCUGUAGCUGGCAAUCCAUCCUACAGCCCCAUUCAGAAACUUACCAAGCUCCGUCUUCAAAUUAGUCAGGCUGUUUGUCCCCACAGCUCCUCAUGGGAGGCUUGGCCGAUGGUUAGAAACUGUGACACUUUUCCCUUCUCUUCCCUCAUCUCUCUUUCCUCCCUUGCUUUCCCUUAAGGCUGGGAUCUAAGCUAUCCCGUCAAACUGUGUCGGUGCUGGGGGCUGCACUGGUUAACUGUAUUCGUACCAAAGCUGUGCGUGGCCCAGCCAUGAACAUACGCUGCAUUCCUAACAUAACCCCGGGUCGGUCUAUCCCCCUCUUGGUGUAGGGAGACCCCUGUGACACGGUCUGAACCCAGUGUAGGGUCCUGCUCUGCUCUCCAAUAGCUUCUCCUCCCGCUCAGCCCUGCAGGAAGCAAGUAUGGAGGGGCAGAGGUGCCCUGCCAGGCCAAUGCCUGAUGUAGCAACCUGCUGCCCGCACUGUCCCAAGGACGGAACCCAUGCCACCUACGACCAAGAUGUCCUCCAGUGGUCUAAACCCCUUUCCAGCAUCAUCUUUGCUCAGUAGCAUCCCGAGCUGCUGCUCCUCCUCCCAGAAGAACCAGGGCCGUUUGCUUGGUGUUUAUUGGGGCUCUCUUGCUGGGUGGACUGGACCUGAGUUUCUCAUUGCGCUGUCUCUGGCGGGGGCAGGUGGUGCGCUGUGGACACCGGGGGCCAUGCAGGAAUAAGGAGCUGCUCACCAUGGAUCUCCAACCCUCUGGGGGAUUUUGAGUCCCAGUUCUCCCAGGCUGGAGCCUCUCCCCUCCAUCCCCCCGCACAGGAACAAAUGGGGUCCCCGGACUGAACUGGACCUGGAUCUUAGCUGGGGCAGCGGGAUCAAAGCAAUAGAAAACUGGAUGUGGGAUCCACUGCUUGGUACGGUUCUUCCCUCCCCACCUGUCUCCAGAAGCUACGUCCCUCCUGCUUCUUGUCUGGGAGCUUACUGACUCCUGAAUUCAGAGCCCAAGGACAGAGCCAGCCAGACUUGCUGAGUGAGCUUUGGGGUCAAUUGCUGGGCAAAGACUCCCAAGCCCCAAUUCCCUGGUAACUAAAUAAUCCAUGACCCCAGGGGGAACAUGGACGGGGAGACAACAGCAAACCAGCCCCACUGACAGGGCCGUGGGCUGACCCUCAGGGGACUGAUGAAAGCAGGGGUGUGCUGGCAGGGGAGGAACUGUUGCCUAGGCUGCCCCUGUUCUGUAGCUACCUACAGGGCUCUGGAGCUGUCCGGGCAGCACUUUUCCUAGAUUCGUACAGGUCGUCAGCCGCUCUCCUGGGCACUGUGCCUCACUCAGCCUGCUCUAGCUGGCUUCAUUCUCCGGAUGGUCAGAUGCCGUCCCCAGUCUUACAGACGUGGUGCGGGACAGACCCCCUGGCUUGCAGGAGGGGAGAAUGGCUGGCUGGGAUGCCCCCUUUCCCGUGCCCAUGAUGGCAGCUGUCUCGAGCGGCACUGAACGCACAAUGCUGUUGAUUGUAUGGACUGUGAAAGGGGCACCGGCACUUCAAGUGCCAGAUCAAUGCAAGGUGCAGAGCUCAUCUCUGGGAAGCCACCUGCCCUCAGCCCCUUCGGUAUCACGGCUGCUGUCAACCAGGGAUGGAGGGAGACUGGGCAAACACCCUCCCCGCUGGCUGCUUUAGUGACCCUGUGCCUUCGACCGCACGUCCUAGUGCGUGGGAGAGAGUCAGGGUCCAGGGUCCAAUACGCGAGAUUAGCAGCCUUCACAAUGUUCAGAGGUGAGGAAACGCUCUGCCUGUCUGAGUGGGAUCAGCAGAGUGCUGCUUCGUAGGCACAAGGGAUUGUCCCCUCCUCCCGAUGUUCAUGCAGGGGUCCCACAGGGAGGUCACUGGCAGCAGCCACCCGGCACAGUUCAGGCAGCGAGCCGCUGUGGCCAUGCAGCUGGAGGAAGGCCUGUCUGCUCCAGCCUGCUUGGAAGUGGAGUCUUCUCUGCCCGAGGCAGCUGUAGACUCCAGCCAUGCUGCUGCUUCAGGUCAGGGACAGCUGUGCCACCCAGAGGAUGCCAUCCCUCUGAUCUCUCCUUCCUUCUCUGCCUACCUGCUUCCCCACUGCCUACCUCUCCUUGCCCUGGGGAGAUGAGGCAGGGGAGCUUUCCCUCCUGUCUCCCCUAGCAUCACAGUGUGCCAGCCACACGGGGUGCGCAGGAUGGGGAGAGGUCAGGCAAUUGUGACCCGCCACUUCACAGUAAUAGUUCCAGCUGCGGGUUGGUGCAAUCCUGUCUCUUCCUUCUCCUUCCUUAAACGGGUUCAGAAAAAGCAACCCAAGGGCCUCCCCCCAUGCUGGGGAGUUUGACACGAAACUCCCGUCCGCGUGGGUGUCGGUAGCAGGGUGUGCUCCAAAGAGGGCAGCUGGGCGUGCCAGAGCGUUAUCUGUCGCACCAUGUUCUUUCGCACGGCCCGCUGCUCCUAGGACUGUAACAAGUGAUGACAAUGCACUUUAAUAGAGCAUGCUCCUUGGGGCGCUUUGACAUUACCAGUCACUUUGGGGGGCACUAGGUUGCUUCUGGAUGCCAGUUUGUAUGGCACCAGGGCUUGGCGCCUCCUCUCUGGGUAGGGAAGUCCUGAGUGUCUCUUUGGGAUAAUCAGGAGGUGAGUGUUAUGGGCGAGGGAGGAUUCUCUGCCCCCUCCCACUCCAUUUUCCAGUCCUGUCCCUUCCUGUAAUGUUCCCAACGCUGGGUCACAGGAAGAUUUUAGAUGGGUCACCGCAUCCAGGGCUGGAUUAAACCAUCACUGGACCCUAGGUGAACAUACCCUUCUCCCUGCCUGGUGCAGAGGGGGGCCCCGCGGAGGGGGUGGGUGUCACAGACAAACCUGCCCUACUCUCACCACACAGAGGCAGCUCCUGUCGCAUGGGUUUGGGCCUGGCUCCCCGCUCCAGACAUUGUGACCCUGUGCACCAGCUCGCAACACUUGGAGUAGGGAGCAAGACCCAGCCCUGAGGGACAGGAGCCGCUGCUGUGGCGGGGAGUGCAGGGCAGACUUGGUCUCCAGCCCCUCCCCCAGGACCUCCCCACCCACAGGGCUGGGAUUCGGGUUGCGGUGCCAGGGCAGAGGGUGUAUAAAUGUACUGGUACAUCACCAAAAAAAGAAACUACAGUUGGUGGAUCACCCCAGGAAAGAGUUUCGGAACCACUGCUGUAAUGCACUUUUAAUGGACAGCAAGUCCUUGUUCAGGCUGCUAAUUAGGGUUUGUGUCCAUUGCAACAUAACCUGGAUGUUAUUACAUGUUUAGCCUCUCUUUAAAACUGUUCCGCCCACCGGCAGAGCUGCUCCCGUCCAAAGGCCUGAAUGCAACACAUGCAGUGUCUCUCUCUGUGCACUCAUGUACGCACACACACACACACACACACACACUCUGAUACAGUCUGGCACUCUUGCAUGCCCUGAUACUCUUAUUCACACACACAAGCAAAGCAGAUUCACACUCAAAUCACUGGUGCUAAAGCUUGCAAAGGGAGGAGGCUGGGCCAUGAGGGCGGGGAGCAUUUCCAGGGUUCCACCUUCCCCUCGAAUCAGGCAAUAAACGUGUUUUGUUUCAUUCAGUGUGGACAAAGUUUGUGUCAUCCAGCCACCAAGUGAGCUCCUGGGCCAGAGAGCGUCACAUGGCUAUCUCGACUGUUCCACGUUUCCCAUCGAUAUCUCAACAUGGCGUGUGUGUGUGUGUGUUCGUAAAUCUCUUUUGGAGUGUUCUUCAUGUUUGUAUAACCAGAUGGGUUUGUAUAGGGAGUGCGUGUGUGUGUACGUGUGUAGCAUAGAGAGGUCUGGCUCAUAGAAUCUGUCAUGAGCCACCUAAUCACAAGAGGUGUGCCUGUUUAACUGGGACAGUGCAUUUCAAAUCAUGGCUAAAAGUCACAGGGAGUUUGUUUAAAUGGCAUCAUGUGCAAACCCUUUGCUACAGCUGCCAGGUGUGACAUGCUGUGUGCCAGCAUUCAGGACACGUUCUGCGAUCUCUUUGUUCACUGAAGGUGGCUUCAUGGAUCCAAAUGACCUUGCUAGCAUUUCCCCAAGCCCGACCCUCUGUAUGUCUUUUCAAAACAAGUGGCGAAAGGGAAGCAAAUCUCUCCCAGCCUGAGAGCUCCCCUUGGGAAGCUGGCAUGUCUCUUUCCUGCUGAGGGUCAGUUCCAGUGAAGAGAAUUCUGCUGUCUGCACACACGCACAUGGAGGUAUCGUCUGUCUGUAGCUCCUGCCUUCAUGAUGGUGUCUUUGCAGAGACAUUGCUAGUUUAAUCUCGACCACCGUCCAGAUUCACAGGGUGACAGGAGUCAGCAGCCAGGCAGAUAUUUUGCAGUUUAAUUCAGUGUUCCUGAGAUGCCAGCUGUACUCGUUGGAUUUCACACCCUUAAUAAAACCUAUAUUUAUACUGUA